AUGUCAUCGUCAGCAUCGGGGGCGGUAUUGAAAAACGCAACAUCUUUUUUCUCUGCGAAAACGAUCAAAACGAAUAAGAAUAACACUUUAAAGAAUAAGAAAAGAAUGAAACCAUCAUCGAAAGCAGCGACGGCAGUGUUACAAACCGAACACAAAGGUUCGUUAAUCUCGUCCACGUCCGAAUGGAACAGCUUGAAAGAACACGUGAAAGAUAUCGAGAAGACACAUCUGAGAGAUUUGUUGAAAGAUUACAAUCGGUGCGAGAAUUUGACCUUGGAGCACGACGGGGUGUACGUGGAUUACGCGAGACAACGCGUGACGGAAGAAACGAUGGAGAAGUUAUACGCGUUGGCGAGAGCGAGCGGGGUGAAAGAGAAAAUCAACGCCAUGUUUUCAGGGGAAGCCAUGAACUCGACGGAGAACAGAGCGGUUUUACACGUCGCGACGAGAGCGCCGAGGUCGAAAGUCAUCAACGUGGACGGGUCGAACGUCGUGCCGGACGUGCACGACGUGUUGGACAAGAUUAAAGACUUUUCGGACCGGGUGAGAAACGGGGAAUGGGUCGGGCAUACGGGAUUACCGUUGACAGACGUCGUAUGCGUUGGGAUUGGCGGGUCGUUUUUAGGGCCAUUGUUUGUGCACACGGCGUUGAAAACGAACCAAUCGCACGCCGCGGACGCGCAAGGGAGAAAUUUGAGGUUUUUAGCCAACGUCGAUCCGGUGGACGUGGCGAGAGCUUUGAACGGGUUGAACCCAGAAACGACGUUGGUUGUGGUCGUCUCGAAAACGUUCACCACGGCAGAAACUAUGUUAAACGCGAGAACGGUGCGACAGUGGAUCAUCGCCGCGUUAGGUAAAGAGGCGGUGAGCAAGCACAUGGUGGCGGUAUCGACCAACUUGAAGUUAGUCAGCGAAUUCGGCAUCGACCCGAAGAACGCGUUUGCGUUUUGGGAUUGGGUCGGCGGGAGAUACUCCGUCUGCUCUGCGGUAGGCAUGUUGCCGUUGGCGUUGCAAUACGGGUUCGAGACGUGCGAACAGUUUUUGAAAGGCGCGUGGAGCAUGGACGAGCACUUUGCGACGGCGGAGUUUGAAAAGAACUUGCCGGUGACGCUCGGUUUGAUUUCCACGUGGAACGUCUCAUUUUUGGGUUGCGAUGCGAGAGCUAUUUUACCGUACUGCCAAGCGCUCGCUAAGUUAGCGCCGCACAUUCAGCAAGUCGCCAUGGAAUCCAACGGGAAAGGCGUCACCAUCGACGGGACGCCGGUGGAUUAUCCAACCGGUGAGAUUGAUUUCGGAGAACCCGGUACGAACGGCCAACACUCGUUUUACCAGUUGAUUCACCAAGGCCGCGUGAUUCCGUGCGAUUUCAUCGGCGUGAUUAAAUCUCAGCAAUCCGUAUACUUGAAAGGCGAAAUCGUUUCCAACCACGACGAGUUGAUGUGCAACUUUUUCGCGCAAGCGGACGCGUUGGCGGUUGGUAAAACGCCCGUGGAAUUGAGAGCGGAAAAUUGCCCGGACACGCUCAUCCCGCACAAAACCUUCACCGGUAACCGACCGUCGUUAUCGAUUAUGCUCCCUGAAUUGAACGCGUACACUACCGGGCAACUCUUAUCGUUGUACGAACACCGCGUCGCGGUACAAGGCUUCGUGUGGGGGCUGAACUCCUUCGACCAAUGGGGCGUCGAACUCGGUAAAGUUUUAGCGACUCGAGUCCGAGCGACCAUGCACGACAAACGAAACGAAGGGAAAAUGUUGGACUCCAGCGACGGAUACAAUCACAGCACGGAGAGAAUGUUGAACAGGUACUUACAAGGUAAAGCGCAGUUGAAAUACGACACUCCGAGCGACGUCUUUCCGUGCGAUUUGAUCAAUAGCGAAGAGUGCAGACCGCCUUCCAGUUACGCUUAA